CUAUAAAAGGUGGGAUAUGCGACUACUCGACAUCAUCUCCCUCCUCCUGUUCCAGCAAAAGAUAGCAGCAAAAUGAACCCUUACGGCCAAGUCUACUAUCAUCCCGCCUACCCUCUCCCUUACGGCUAUGACUACUACGGAAACCCCAUCGUGUACGCUGUCGGCCCGCCUCAGAUGCCACCACAGAUGCCACCGCCACCGGCCCCUUCACCGAGUCCCUCGACGUCCAGUUCGCGGUCCUCUGUCACCAUCGUCGCGCUUCCAGGAGCGCCGAAAGAGGCUCCACAGCAGUACUUCGCGAAAGUCUGUCGCUUGGUACAUCUUGUUGAGCAGUGGCAAGAUGCGAACAAAACCUGUGCUCCGGACUGGCAGUUCCCCGAACAUCUCAUUGAUCCUAUUGGGAAGGAGUGGAUGCCUGUGGAGGAGGCAUUUGAGAGAUUUGGCGAACAAUUCUCAGAGGAGGAAAAGGCGACAUGGUCUAUUGCGGGAGCACAACGUCGUUAUUUCCUGGAUGGUAAGUGUUUUUGCAAUUUUUGCCUCUGGAUUUGGUCUCAUCUAUUUCGUUACAGUUGUUGAUGACGUCCUGAAGAGACUGAAAAGCGAGAGAGACCUUGCUAUCCAGAUGAUGCGAGGAAAUUUGCUUGACUGAAGGAUUAGAUGGACUUCGUGUUGCUUUACUUUUGACGUUUUUUCUCCUUAUCAUCUCCGUGUACGCCAAUCUUGGCCCCUGUAAGAGACACGAUACAACUGUGUGAGGGAAAUCAAAGCGAAAUCAGAUAUCAGCUUAGCAUGGUCUGCGUACUCAGACGACAUUGUAGUCAUUACGCGCCUUACCCAUGCCCUCUGCUGUUCGAUCUCGAAAAUAAGCACCGGAUCGCAGCACUUGGCAUUAGG